AUAAGGUGAGUUUCUAACUAGCUAGGUGAGUUUCUAGCUACAUUGUCAGGAAAGUUUGAUAUAAAAUCCUAAAUGUAAUGGAUUAGCACACGAGUUGACAGAAUCUAACGCACUAUGAAUGUGGGCGUGGCUCACAGUGAGGUAAACCCCAACACAAGGGUGAUGAACAGCAGAGGGAUCUGGCUGGCCUACCUGUUGUUGGUCACCGUGCUGCACGUCGUCCUGUUGAGCAUCCCUGUCCUCACGGUGCCUCUUGUCUGGACCCUCACAAAUGUCAUCCAUAAUUUGGUGAUGUACUUAUUUCUGCACACGGUAAAGGGCACUCCUUUUGAGACACCGGACCAGGGCAAAGCUCGCCUACUCACACACUGGGAACAGAUGGACUACGGCAUUCAGUUUACAUCCUCACGCAAAUUCCUCACCAUCUCACCCAUUGUGCUGUAUAUUCUUGCCAGUUUCUACACCAAGUACGAUGCCACACAUUUCCUGGUCAAUACAGGCUCUCUCCUCAGCGUCCUCCUUCCAAAGCUGCCCCUGUUCCAUGGAGUACGAAUAUUUGGGAUCAAUAGGUAUUGACUAACACAGGUGGAUAAUAUCAGAGUUAUAUUCUAUUUAUGUGUACUUUACUUGUGAGGUCCAGAGGCGGAAGUGAAUAAGAAAUGUUUGGUAACUUUAUGAGCUGUUUGAAGGGCAUUGUUGUUUUUAUUGCACAGUUCAUUUUCGCUCUGUGACUAAAAACAAAGAACCAAAAUGCACUGAACGCCAAGCUAUAUGAUUAAGAGUUACUGAGUGCCUCUGCUUUAUUUCAUUUAAUUUAUUUUCGUUAUAUGACAUUCAUGAUGUAUGUGUGCAAUGUGCUUGUAUCCUCAAACCAUUACUUUCUCUUUUUGUCAGAUGACAUGUAUUUGACGUUGUUUUCUAGAAAGAGCUAUAUUGUGAACGUCAUCACCUUCAAACCUAAGUCUUUAUAGGAUGACUUGUAUAUGUCCACACAUUGGAAUGUGUGAUUACAUAGUUUAGGAUAGUGGCAUCCAUAUAAAUAUAAUGUUGGAUGCCAUACAAAUUGAAUGUUGCCAGUCUUUGCAGUGCCAUAAAUGUUUCACUUGGCUGAUAAAUUUUUUCCAUUUAGUUUGGUAACAAUCAAUCCAUGUGAUGACUCUUAUUGGAGGUCAAUUUCCAUGUGAGCAUUCUCAAUAAAUUAUAGUGUCUAAUAAUAAACUUUCAAUAUCAGGA